UAACGGAGUAGGGGGAGGGGAUUAGAUUGGUAAUCGUGGUGCUUUGUUAAGAGUACAGAGAAAUCAUUUGAGCUGUGCUUUGGUAUCUAAGGGUGGGGUUAUUUUUACAUAUACAACAGAGCGAGGCCUUCCUGGGACUUGGGGUAAUAACAUGAACAUUUUUCAUUAUUUCUGCCAUGGUUUAUGUUUCUGUAUUUGUGUAUCAGCUGCAGCCUGUAUGUAUGCAUUGGGUGGUGCAUUCUUCUUUGUCAGGCUAGAAUCUGUUCUGUUUCAUUUAACUAGAAGAGGAAAGAAGGAACCAGCAAGGAAAUAAGAACAAGCUCUUAAUGCUUGAGAUGUCCUGAUGCAUGAAAGCCUGGAUUUUUUGGCUUCCUAGAGAAACAGUAGAAAAUGCAAAACCACGAAAUAAUAAAACCUGCUAAAUACUUCUCAGAAGUGGAAAAGAGUGUGCUGCUUGCAUUAGUUGAAAAAUACAAAUAUGUACUUGAGUGUAAAAAAAGCGAUGCAAGAACUAUUGCAUUGAAACAACGUACUUGGCAAGCGCUUGCCCAUGAAUAUAAUUCUCAACCUAGUGUAUCACUACGAGAUUUCAAGCAGUUAAAGAAAUGCUGGGAAAAUAUCAAGGCCCGGACAAAAAAGAUAAUGGCACAUGAAAGACGUGAGAAAGUAAAAAGAAGUAUUAGUCCACUUAUAAAUACUCACAUCAUAGGGAAAGAGAAGAUUGCCAGCAUGAUGCCUGAGCAAAUGUACUUUUUACAGAGUCCACCAGAAGAAGAUUCUGAAUAUCAACCUGAUGCUUCUAACCAAGAAUCAUUUGCUGUCUCAAACAGAGAACUGUGUGAUGAAGAGAAAGAGAUAGUACAUUUCCCAAUAUGUGAAGGCACCUCCCAACCUGAGCCCUCAUGUUCAGCUGUCAGAAUAACAGCGAAUAAAAACUACCGAAGUAAAGCCACUCAGGAGGGUGCUUUGAAAAAGAUGCAUGAGGAAGAGCAUCACCAGCAAAUGUCAAUUUUACAACUGCAGCUGAUACAAAUGAAUGAAGUGCAUGUGGCAAAAAUACAACAGAUAGAAAGGGAGUGUGAGAUGGCUGAAGAGGAACACAGGAUAAAAAUGGAAGUGCUAAAUAAAAAGAAAAUGUAUUGGGAGAGAAAACUGCAGACCAUCACAAAAGAAUGGCCUGUAUCAUCCUUUAACAGACCCUUUCCUAAUUCGCCCUAGAAUUUAUGGUGGGCAGAGAAAAUCAGAUUGAGCACAUUGUUACUAAGGUGUAUUGGCAAGAGGGUCUAUUAAAAUUAAUGUAGUGUGACAGAAUGGAUGUUCAGUCAAUAGUGAACAUGUUUGGACUCCUUAAUACCAUCUAGGAAUACAGAUUGGAUGAGUCUAAUAAGGGAAAGUUCUAUAGUUCAUUUGUGGGUGAGCUCUGAAAGUAAAUUGUAUCUUCUUUGAGUUUCAGAUAUGCACAGUAGUACUUGUGAAUUGUGAGCAUAACAUUUGUUCCUCUCUCAACUUCCAACUGCCCUUUUUAAAUAUAGAAAGUUCCCAUAGAGUAGACACACCUGAAAUUUGAGUAUGUUUUAAAACUUCGGCUUUACAACUUUACACUUUAAAUUAUGUUGCUUGUUUUCUAGCCCUUUCCUCCAUUUCCUGGUUGAAGGCAGGGGUUGGAGUCAUUCUUUGUUCUCACACUGAACACAGCAGAUACUUGACAGGCAGUAACCCAAUUGCUAUACAGGGACAUAGAGGAAAUCCCCUCCCCCGUCUUUCUUUUUUAUUAUUAUUUUAUUUAUUAUUCCUCCUCUGCAGCAGGUAAGUGAAAAUGAAGGAGCCAGUGAGGAGACAAGAGGAGCAUUCUAGUAGGUAAUUUGCAGGGAAAGGAAAUCAAAACCUCCAACCAGCUGGCUGAUUGGGAUGACGGUUGGGCACUGGCUUGCUAGCUCCUAGGGCCAUAACUGUUGGAAAGAGGGAAAGAAGAGGAUAUUUUCCCAGAAGUAGCUACUUUUGGCUCCCCUCCCUCAGUCCUAUCCUAUCACCCAGAUAUAUAUUCAGGAACUAGAAGUAUGUGAGGAAAGCAUGCUACUGCAGCUGCUAGAGAAAUAAGCCAGUGUCUUAACUGUACUGUACACCUGACAUCAUUCUGUGAUAAAAGCUUUUCCACUGCUUCGUGUAACUCUUAAGAAGCAGCUGGCUAUCUCGCCAACAAGUAAUUCCUGCCAGCAGCCAGCUAAUGGAUUUGGAUCUUGCUCCUAAUUAGAAGUAACGUCUGUUGUGGAUCCUGCUCUUUUCUCACCAACUCAACAUACUUAUAGAGGUAAAGGCCGAUUUUCACUUAGUGCAGUGCCCUAUACCUGUGAAUUCUGUCUGCUUGGCUGUGUUCCACACAUCAGCCCAGAGCCACCCCUGCCUCUGCUAUCAACCAGGGAUUCCUGUUGUCUUUAUUUACUUAUAUGUAUCAGAAUAGCACCUAGAGGCCUCAACGGAAAUUGGUGCCCUCUUGUGAUAGGUGCUACACAGACACAUAAUAAAAGAUUGCCCCCACCCUGAAGAUCUUAGUCUAAAGAAGACAAGGGCUGGGAAAUGGGCAAUACGAAACCAAGGGUAAAGUAUUAAAGUGCACAUUUUAGAACAAAUUUAGAGGUUUAUUCUAAAGGAUCUUCCUCUAUCUGAAAAGGUGUUUUUUUGGGGGGAGAGGCAUUUUAAAUAAGUGACAAAGAAUAAGCAGAAAACCCCUUAUUUUUUAUUCAGUUAUAAAAGUGAGAGUUCCAUUAUUUUAAAUGUAUUUUCCCCACAGAUAAUUGGAAAAGAAAACCAUAUAUUAGCAGUAUUUUUCAAAUGAAAACAAAUUUUAAAAGGUGCCAUCCUCCCUCUUCUCUAGAUUGCCUUCCUGCUGCAAGCUUUCGUAUUUAUUUUUCUCUUGGUCACUUUUCCCUGCUGCUGAUGCAUACUUGUAGGCUUUGCUCCUGUCAGUCAUAAUAUGCUGUCUGCACGUUAGGGGUGAAAGUGAAGAGAGUAGUGCUAUUUCAGUGCUGCUCCUCCUGAAUGAUUGAAAAAAAUCAGUUCUGGCAGACAUGCAGCAGGUACAAACAUGAGUCUGGUAUGAAAUCUAAAGGGGGCAGUUCUAUUGGGGAGCAAAAUCCCAUUCUUAGUGUGGAUGGACUCCCUCUUCUGGCAAAUUGGCUGUAGGAAGGAGAAGACAGUGGGGUCAGGGGUACUAAUUCUGUUGGCCUGAAAGGAACACAGUGUUGGAGUGUGGGGCAAUAAUCUAUGACUCCGGGUAGGGGGAAUUAAAGAGGAGAAUUGGGAUUGCAGAGGACAAUUCUUGGUCUGAGGUCAUGAUCUGUGGUUUAGGGGGUGAGAAUGCUUUGAGUGGAGAUGGUGAUGGCCCAUUCACCUAUGAUAAAAGGUGGGAUGGAGGAGAAUAUAUAUUAGUGUCACACUGACAAGGCCCUUCUCAUACUGCUACUGACUGAAAACCACUCAAAACUACACAGCAUAAAAAUGGUAUCAGAAGGUGAGGAAAAGAGACAUCUUGAGAGUUGGGGAGGGAGCAGGAGUGAAGAGAGAAUGUGGAUUUGAAGGGGUUGGGCCUAGAAGACAAUACAGCAUGCUCCAAGGAGAUUGUGAUAUCACCUCAUUUUUGACUCUUUAUGGUGAUAGCACUGCUGAUGAGAUACGUUGUUUUUAUUUUUAUAUUCCAAAUAAAUUCAUUUAAAUUAUGCAUAUUUUCAGAUUACCAAGUUGGUGAUGUCUCAGAUUGGAUAUACACUCUUAGAGCCUUAUUCGCACAGAGAAGUGCUUGUAUUAAUUAUGAAACCAAAAUGUACGGCAUUUAGAGUGGGCAAGAGGGACUUUGAAUUCAGUCACUGUUGUAAAAACGUAUAGCAGAAGGUUUGGAAAGAACCCAGAUAAAGAGCUUAAGGAAAGGAUAGCUAAUGUGAGUAUUAUGCCUAGGGACAUGGUAUUGAGUACCACAAGAUGUCUGGGGACAUUGGAACAUUAUUUAUAUAAGGAAGUCUUACUGAUCAUAUAGCCACCCACACUUGGAAUAGAAGGAUCCAGCUAGACUUACAGAAUGAUUAUUCCCUUUAUUGUCUUUAUUGAGUACUUUAUCUAGGCUAGUUUUAAAUGACUUGAGUGAUGGGGUUUCCACCACUUGGCUGAGAGAUUGAUUAUUACCUAGUAAAAUAGACCUCACUGCUAGGAAUUUCCCCUUGGUAUUAAGCUUAAAUUGUCAUUUGUUUGGGUCUAUCCUCUUUAGUCCUAAUAUAUAUACCCUUGGAAAACACUAAAAGUUGUUCCUCUCUCUUCUUUCUGGCUUACAUCCUAAUAUCCUCCACUAGCUGUUUGGCCAAGAUUCUUAGGUUUUUUCUAAAUCUUUUCUCAUAAGUAAAUCCCAGCAGCCCUAAACUAUUUGUUUCUCUUCUCUGAAUUUCCUCCAAAUUGUUUACAUCUCUCUAGUAUUAAAGUACCCAGAACUGAACAUGAUGGGCCAAAAUUAUCCCUGGUUUAACUCCAAGGAUGAUAUCUUAUACCAGUGAGGUAUUUGGCCCAGAGUUCCAGUUGUGGUCUGUUUGUUCAUGCAGAGAGAAACUGUCCUCUCCCUGGCCAUGACAUGAUGCAUCUGCUUAUACUGUCCACUAUCACAUUGACUUUUUUUACUGCCAUAUCAAAUGGGAGCUCAUCUAACUUGCUAUCCACUGUCACAUGUAAGUCUUUUUCUGCAUUGUUUCAAAAUUUCUGUCUCUCAAGAUCUGUUUCAUUUAUUAUUCCCCAGCAAUACAAGCUUUCAUAUUUCCAGGUUAGAAUCUCAUUUUGCUGUUUUCUGCCUUUGGCUUUGAUCAUACUCAACCCAAGAUCUGUGCACAGAGUGGACCGUCCUUGCAUAGAUCUUCUCCUUUCUGCAUGGAAAAUCGGCUCCACUUACUGCAUAGCACAGUCACUUACACAUUCCGCAAGACCCCAUGAGGGGCACUUCGGGGACUUGGCAAAGGAAGUGGGGAAGACUGGGCAACCUAGAAGAAAGAAGGGAGUGGAGGGAAAUGUUGUUUCCAGUCCAGCUCUGCAGAGCUCAGACAGGAAAGACUAUGGCCCUGGGCUGUAUGUUAUCUCUUCAGCUGAGCCCUCCCUCAGAACCAGAGCUGGUUCAGCAGCAGUGUCUGCAUAGAUGGCCCUAGCCUUCCAUUGAUCCUUGGAUGAUGUGGGAGGAAUCUCCAUGAAGGAUUCACAUGGAAAGUUCCUCCUCCAGAGCCCUACUCAUAGGCCUCACCAUUCAAGUGGAAUAAUCUUUUUUCCCCCCUAAUAUCUCUAGGACCUGUUGUAUUGUUUCUCUCUUGUUUCAUUUCCAUUCCUCCUUACUUGUUUUUGUUUUUUUAGUCUCAAAUUUUGAACAGUUCCUCCUAAAGACAUAUUUUUUCCAUAAUUCUUCUGAUGCAUGUUUUAUUUGUGUGCCAAACUAGUAAAGUCCACCAUAAGUUCAGUCCUGUGGUUUCCUACAUGUGGGUAGCUUAUUCAAAGAUGUUUUGUAUGUGUCAGGCACAGAUAGCAGUUACACUUUGUGUUUUUCAUACUUUGUGUCCUUACUCAGUGGAGUUCCUGCUGUCUGUCUCAUUAUCAAACUAUCUCACUGUACAUGCCUUUCUGUAAAUACUUUGGACACCAUCCACCUUUUCUUCUCUUUCUGUCUCCGGUCAGAUAUAAAGAGGUAACCACAAUAUCUUUGUAAUGUGAGUAUUAAUGCAUUACUAAAAUUAAUAUAUUUAGAUUAGUAAAACAAACACAAUAAAAAGAUGGUAGAAUAAUAUGAGAGAAAUGUUAACAUGAUUUAAGAAAUUUUAUACAAGGCAGAUGGUCAAUAAUUUUGAAGAAUGAAGAGAACUUGUUGCCAACUGUAAAAAUAAAAGAACUACCAAUUUUAUGCCAGUAGAAACAUGCACAGUGCUCUUUGCUCUUCCAAACUCAUAGAAUUAUUUUGGUGCUUUUGAAUACCAGGGGGAUCUUGCUUUUUUUAUAUUUUUUUUAAACAUGGAAUUGCACAGAACAAGUCAGUUCACUUAGAUGUAAAGCAAGUACCCAGGGGAAUGUAGAUAGACUUUAUGGCAUAAUAAAAGAGCAAAAAAAAAAAAAAAAAAAAAUUACGGGUUGUGGCUCUGAAUGUUUUAUCAUUGUAGUGCUGAAGGCAUUAAGAUUCCUACCAUAUCAUCAUUCACAUUGGUAGCACGAAACAAAUUUAAUAUUUGCUAGGGCAAAAGAGUACAGCAAAUAAGAGAAACUUCUCUUUAAAAGCUUUUAAAGUAAAGUUACUACCUUUCUUACCAUUUCAGUACUAAUUAGAAGUUGUGAAGGUUCUGUUUGUUUCCACACUGGAUAUGCCUACAAAAUUUCAGAUACUUAGACACAUUUGUUGAUGCCUUCCUCACUACAACGUUCUCACAGUCCAUUGCUUCCUCCCUUCAGUACCUCGAGUCUUCUCCCUCUGGCUGCACUGUGUUUGAUAUACUCCAUGGGAUACCAAAGUUCUUUCCUCUAGUGCCAGCAGUUUAUCUUUCAAGGGAGUUUGUGAAUGGGCCAGAUCCACAAUAUGUCCUCACAGUAUAGUCUUUCCUAAAAAAACAUAUUCCCAAGGUUUGCCUUUGUUUGUAUUUUUUAUUUUAUUUGUAUUUUGUCUGAGACACUAACCAUACCAAACAAAGCUCUGGGUCAGGAAUGCAAAGAGUUCACCACAGACAAUUUUCCUAGCUUCUUCUCAAACUGACUUAAUUCUGUGGUUUCUCCUUGCAGGACUUCCUUUUAUCUACCUCUAGCUCUCCUGUCUCAGAGAGCCGCUGAGUGUUGAUUUCUGAGCUGAUUAUAAAGAGACCCACCUAAUCUGGCUAUCAGUAUGAGUCAGCUGAAUUGCUCUGCACCUACAAACAUGGUCCUAAGACAUUCACAGAUGUCGAAGGCUCCCCUUUCUCCACCCUCCUCAAAACAGCUUUCCUUUGAGAAGAUGGACUACAUAUCCCUCAUACCCAGCCUCUGGUCAACUUUUCUUUGGGGAUCUAGGUACCUACCCUUUCUGGCAGGAACAAUAACUGGCUGCUAAAAGUGCUAGACUUUUCUACUCGUCCCCAAAUUAUACUGAAUGGAAAUUAUGUAUGUUUGAUGGUUGUAUGCCCCAGAAUGCAUUCUGUGUGCCAAAGGUAUUUGAGAAUCAUUUCUCUGAUAGUUGGAGUCUAGCAGGCAAGCUGCCAAAUGUGCUGGGCACAACAAUCAAGGAAAGAGAAUGAGGAGGAGGGCCUAUUGGACAGUUAAGGGAGAUAAUCAGCUGUGUUGAUGGGGGAAUGCAGUUGGGUCACAGUGGAUGAUCAGACUGAUAAGAACUGAACAGUAUCUUUGUCCAGUCUUCUGACUGAUCUUGAAGAAACUUCCCAAUAUUUUAGAAUAGCUAGAAAUCAUCUUUUCCCCUUCCUUUCCCUGCUAAGAGCAGACUAGACAGAAACUAGAGAAUUCUCUCCCUUAAAAAAAAUCAGAACUAAAGUCAGCUAGAUUUUAGAUAGUGUUUAUUAUUUAAUUAGAUACAUGAUUUGUUUGUUUUUAUGUACUUUGGAAUUGUAAGUGUGUUUGCUUUCUUUGUUAUGCUUUAUAGGCAUACUUUUGGAUACUGUCAAAUCCAUAAACUCCACCCAUUAUGUUACAGAAAGUAAACAUCAAGUGGGUUAUUUGAUAGAUUUGGUGUUUUACUCCAAACUGAAUUUCCCCUGUGAUGGAAGUCAUCAUCAGUGCUUCCUUGAUGAAGAGUAGUGUUGACCUAAUGAAAAUAUACUGUGGGUCAGCCUCUGCUCAAGAAACCACAAUGUCCUAUCCAAUUAUUGCCCAAUUUCAGUUUUAUAAGCAUGGAGGCCCAUCAUCCUACAGGGGUCAGUUUUAUUGUCAUUAAAUAUGUACGAGUUUAUGCGUCUCACUGAUAAGGUGGCAUGGUUUGAGGUGUUAUCAAUAAGCUGCUAAUAGCUAUAUCUCUACUACUGUCUCAUUCCUUCUUAGUACUGUAUCUGUUUUUUUUAACUUCACUUUCAGACUGAGUUCAAGACAACUGAAUAUUGCCUGCUCUCAGUUAGACCUAUGUAAUCCCAAUGAUGCCCGUUAGUUUGUAUGGAAAGAGCUGUGAGCUGAAUUUGGUCCAUCGCUGUUCAUUAUUUUCCUACUAAGUUGUCCAGAGGCUUCUGGGCACUAAACAAUUAUGUUUUUUAUAAUUGAUUAUAAAGCAGUGUGGAUUAAUCUCUUCCAAACCUCCAGACUGAUUACAAUGCAAAGUAUAUAGACUGCACUCAACUAAUAAGAAUAGCAAUUAAUAAAGAUUCCAUUAGAGUAAGAAGUACAGUUUUAGGUCACUUACAUUAAUCAUACCACUUACCCAAUACCUAAUAUACACCAUGCUUUCAUUCCCACUAUUAUCUUGGCAACUGCCAUUGAAGUAGACACACUCUAACAAAUGGCAAAUGACGUUAGCAGCCCCCACCCUGUAUAUAGUAUAUAUUAAAGCAAGUUAACAAAAUGAACAGCAUAAUAUUAAAAAGCUUUUUCUACUUACCACUUCAACCCUUUAUGGGCUUCUAUCAUCUGUGUAUAUUUGUAUUUAUUUUUAUAUUGUCCAUCUUGUUGAUUUUUAAGUGUCUCAGGUGGAAAUGAGGAGAGAUCUGGUCUUUUCUUACUAUUUCAGUUCCUGGCUGUCCAGGUGUCAUAUUGUUUUAGAUCCCUACUGAAAAAUAGCUAAACCAUAAAUGCAAAUAUCAAGAUAUUCAGUUCCUGCAGAAUUAGAAUACAUCAGCCUAAUUAACUCUUCUUUUUUAUGUUUUAUUUUUUGCCCUUUCAAUAAUAAUGUCAGUGUGUUGUUUUGUGACUGAGUGGCAUCCAGCAUUACUGGCAAAGCUAUAGGUGCUGAGCUCCCAUUGACGUCCGUUGGAGUUGUGUGUGCUCAACGCUUUUGAAAAGCCACCAUUUCAAAACUAUGAUUGGGAUUUUCAAAAAUAAUGUGAGAGCUUUAUGCCCACAGAUCCCAUUGAGUUUCAGUGCAAGAUGGGGCCCUAACUCUCUUAGGCACCUUUUGAAAAUUCCACUCAACAAGGAACAAAAAUAAUCCCUCUUGUGUAAAAUGAUUUUUGUGUGUAGUUUUUCUUUAACUUCUUUCUGUGAUCUUUGAGGCAUUCUCUGACAAACCAAUGAGAAUCACUUAAUAUACAUUUGACUGUUAGGUGCCAUGAGUUUUUAUGGAAUCGUUUACAAUUCCGAAUAUGCACGGGAAGAAAAGCAAGAAUGCUUGGGGUGAAAAUUUUUGUCUCUAAAAUGUGCUGAUGCUAUCAGUACCCAUACUGCCAGCCCUGUAGAGCUACAGUGGGGUGGCCCCUUUUUAAGAAGGCUUACCUUCCCCCAGAAAAGUCAGCUUUUCCUUUCCCAUGGCAACGACUCAGGGUGGUGUUGAAGGUUAUAAUGAGAGGUUCUCUCCGCUUUCAUUUUAUUUUAUCCUGCAGAGACUUACCUUAUUUUGCACCUAUGUUUCACCAGCUGUGGAAUCUCUUUGGUCACGGGGACUGUUAUGAUCUUUUAAAACCAAAUGGCGCACUUUCACUGUGUUCUGAGAGUGCUACAGAUAAUGCAGAGACUGAAAAUGUGAUUGGCAAAAUACUGCCAGCCCAAGAGCUGGAGAAUACCAAGAGAAAACUUGAAUCUAGGUGCCUCACUUUUUAGUGCUUCUUGCGCAACUGGUCAAACCAUCAGGCAGCCAUUCUUAAUUUACACUGGGUUGUAUUUAUUAUGUAAUAUUAGAGUCUGUUGUAUUUUAACAAUGUACAAAUUACAUUGUACAGUGUUUGUGCUUCUAUAGUUGGUGAGCAUCUAAUACAAAAUUAGCAUUUAAGUACUGGCAAGUUUGUUAUAAAAAUAUCUGAAAAUGUGUAAAUUCUUUCUGAUACUAUGUAUUUUAACAGAGUAUUAGAUUAUAUCUCUUGUGGUCUUUGGCUUUUAUUGAAGAUGCAGUGAGUUUUUAAAACUACAUUGAAACUUAUAUAUUAUUCAUUGGACCAAAACCGUUUUUUGGCCUGAAGUUUUUCAUUGAGCCAGUCUGAUUUUAUUAAUCUAGCUGCCUCAGUUGUCUUACCUAUUUGUAAAGUAUUGAGUUAGUAUUUUAGUACCUCAAACACCACCAAAGCUAUUUCUUCCCCUCACAGAAUUAGUUUCUGGAAUUGUAUGUAGGGAAAUUUUUGAAAGCAAUUUAUUUUAAACUUGUUAUGCCCACAUUUUUAAUUGCCAUAACCAGGGAGGGAACCUGUGCUUAACUUUUUUUGCAAAUGUGAGGAACAGGGAAUUUUUUAUUAUCUUUAUUGUGUAGGUAGUUUUCAUGGCAAAAUUCAUUGUUUUUCCCAUAGAAAAAGUUAUUAAAGGGGACAAAAGCUUAUUUUUCAGUAGGGCUCUAAAAUGUAUACUUUGUAAUGGUUCAGGAUGUAAGAAAUGUAUAAGGAGUAACAUGAGGAAGCUAUUCAAAAACUGUCAUCAGCUGAGGAAACUCAGAGUUUGUAAUAAGGGUGACUAGCUGUACAUUUUAGUGCCUUUUUUCUUGUACAAUGUGUUAUCAUAAAUUACUAAACAUAGAUAACUAAAUUUCUGACAAAAUGUACCUACUUAUUGUUAAUAGGAAAAGUAUAUUAGUAGGAAGGUCUUAAUAAAUCAACUAUUAAGUAUUAA